UUAGGGUUAGGUGUUGACGGAAAGCGCUGUCCAACGGAGAAGUUGGAAGCUUACUGGUGUGAAUUGGAAGCAGCCAAUUUGGGGGCUGGAUUCUUGUGUGGCAUAUAAAUUAUGGGAAGCCUAAUUGGAAUUUGGCUCAACUAAACUAACGGCGACUUCUCCUAUAGUGAUUAAAGUCGCUUCUUGUCAGUCAUCAAUAACUUCUUUUCCCUCCUCGCAUAUCCCCUCUGUUGUUCGUUGGAGUGAAUGCUCGCUGCUGUAACUCUGUCAUCUUCUUCAGACUUUCUUGUAAUAAACUCUACGCAUUUCUACAUCACCUCCUCGUUUUCAUCGCCACCUCUAUAUAAGCAGGGGAUGGCUGCUAAACUCUGUCACCAGGCCAUAGGCACUUUUCAGCCAGAGCCUCUUCUUAAAAAUUCUAAAAAACACCAAAAUCUUCAGAACUCUAUAAGAUUGAUAGCAAAGGAUUUUAGUAGCUGCAAUAGCUUGUCAAGGAGAGUUGACCGGAGGAAUUGUUGCAUAAUUCGAUCUUCAGCUUCUCAAACAUCGGUGGUUGAUCCAGUGUUAUCCCCUUCAAGAAGCACCACCAGUGACAGUUCCAAGAAAUCAAAUGAAGCAGCGUUGAUCCUUAUUCGGCAUGGUGAAUCAUUAUGGAAUGAAAAGAAUUUAUUCACAGGUUGUGUAGAUGUCCCCCUAAGCAAGAAGGGCAUAGACGAGGCAAUCGAAGCUGGCAAAAGAAUCAGCAGCAUUCCUGUUGAUGUCAUAUUUACAUCUGCUCUGAUUCGUGCACAAAUGACAGCCAUGCUUGCCAUGACUCAGCACCGUCGAAGGAAGGUGCCUAUCAUUAUACAUAAUGAGAGUGAACAAGCAAGAGCAUGGAGCCAAAUUUUUAGUGAAGAGACAAAAAAGCAAUCUAUUCCAGUCAUAGCAGCCUGGCAACUAAAUGAAAGAAUGUAUGGAGAGCUACAGGGUCUUAAUAAGCAGGAAACUGCUGACAGAUAUGGGAAAGAACAAGUCCAUGAGUGGCGCCGAAGUUAUGAUACACCUCCUCCAAAUGGUGAAAGUUUGGAGAUGUGUGCUGAAAGGGCAGUUGCUUAUUUUAGAGAACAGAUUGAACCCCAGCUUUCAUCUGGAAAGAAUGUUAUGAUUGCUGCUCAUGGGAAUUCAUUGAGAUCCAUUAUCAUGUAUCUUGACAAACUAACUUCCCAAGAGGUCAUUAGUCUGGAAUUAUCCACUGGAAUCCCCAUGCUUUAUAUUUUCAAAGAAGGAAGAUUCAUUAGGAGGGGGAGUCCCAUAGGACCAACUGAAGCUGGAGUUUAUGCCUACACUAGGACGCUGACAGCUUUGAUACGUGAUCACAGCGUUUGGCUCUUUACAGACAAAAAUUGGAUGACAUGCACUAGAAAUACAGGAUUGUUACAGGGAAUGCGUUCUGCAUUAUCUGCAGGAUCACGGUAGAAUCGCAUAAAAAGGGAGAGGAAAGAAAUAUGUGUAAUCAAUGUUACCAUUUUUCGCAUGAUUUGAAGCUAGAAUUUUGGACGUUUUAGUGCAGUUUUGUACCAGUGGUUUGGAAGAACAGUUUCAAGUACUUUGGUAUUCAUCACUUGUGGACUGUGGUGGCUGAGGAAGCCUGUUGUGGAAGCUUAUGGCAGAUAUAAUGCUUUCAGCUGUCCAUUCUUAUAAUAUACCAUAAUUGUAAAUGAGUUGCAAUGUGAAUUUUAUGGGUACCUUAAUUGUCUUAUGAAACAAACUUAUUUUAGAGUG